GUCAAAAACAAAACAUUCUUGAAACACUUCCUCGUCUCCGCAGCAACUCUAGUUUCACGAGCUCUGUUCUGUUUUCUUCUCGUUCACAGUUUCAAAAGGUUAUGAUUGUGCGGUUUUAGUUGAUGUGUUUGGUAAUGGGGAAAGGUAGAGUUAAGGCAGUGGAGAAAAGGGUUUUAGAUCAGAAACUUAGAGGAUCGAUCAAUGUUCCGUUAGGACCUGUUUAUCAUCCGACAGAAGAUGAAUUCAAAGAUCCAUUAGAGUACAUAUACAAGAUCAAGCCAGAGGCAGAGGUUUAUGGUAUUUGCAAGAUUGUUCCACCUAGUUCUUGGAAACCUCCUUUUGGUUUGGAUUUGGAAUCUGUCAAGUUCCCAACAAAGACACAAGAGAUUCAUCGGUUGCAGUUUCGUCCUGCUUCUUGUAACUCAAAGACGUUUCAGUUGGAGUACAGUAGGUUUUUAGAGGAGCAUUUAGGUAAGAAGCUGAAGAAGAGAGUUGUUUUUGAAGGAGAGGACUUGGAUUUGUGUAAGCUGUUCAAUGCGGUGAAGCGUUUUGGGGGUUACGAAAAGGUUGUUAAAGGGAAAAAAUGGGGUGAGGUCUAUCAGUUUAUGAGCUCUGGUGAAAAGAUUUCGAAGUGUGCUAAGCAUGUCUUGUGUCAGCUGUACAAAGAGCAUUUGCAUGAUUUUGAGAAUUAUCACAAUCGGAUGAAUGCAGAUGCGUCAAAGAGCUGCAAAAGAAAAAUCAAUGCUGCUGUUGAACGGAAUAGGCGGUGUUCUCAAUCUCGGAGCUCAAAGAGAAGAAAAAGAAGUGGUGAUGAAAAGAAUCCUAAGGUGGAAAUUGAAGAAGUGGUUGAUCAAGCAUGUGAGCAAUGUAAAAGUGGCAAACACGGUGAAGUGAUGCUUUUGUGUGAUAGUUGUAAUAAAGGUUGGCAUAUAUAUUGUCUCUCGCCACCACUGAAGCAUAUCCCACUUGGGAACUGGUAUUGUCUUGAGUGCUUAAACACUGAUGAAGAAACUUUUGGCUUUGUUCCCGGUAAAUGCUUAUUACUAGAAGAUUUUAAGCGCAUUGCUGAUCGCGCCAAAAGAAAGUGGUUUGGUUCAGGAUCAGUGUCUAGGGCGCAGAUAGAGAAGAAGUUUUGGGAGAUAGUAGAAGGGUCAGGUGGUGAAGUUGAAGUUAUGUAUGGUAAUGACUUGGAUACUUCUGUUUACGGAAGUGGUUUCCCUCGAAUAGGUGAUCAAAGACCAGAAUCAGUUGAGGCUAAUAUAUGGGAUGAAUAUUGUGCUAGCCCUUGGAAUCUCAAUAACAUGCCUAAGUUGAAAGGAUCUAUGCUUCAGGCCAUUCGUCAUAACAUUAAUGGUGUUACAGUGCCUUGGCUAUAUCUUGGAAUGCUCUUCUCUUCCUUUUGUUGGCAUUUUGAAGACCAUUGUUUUUACUCUGUGAAUUAUCUACACUGGGGAGAGGCAAAAUGUUGGUAUGGUGUUCCAGGAAGUGCUGCUAGUGCUUUUGAAAAGGUCAUGCGGAAAACUCUUCCCGAUCUUUUUGAUGCUCAGCCAGAUUUACUCUUUCAACUGGUUACCAUGUUGAGUCCGACUGUUUUACAAGAAAAUAAAGUCCCAGUCUACUCAGUAUUACAGGAGCCUGGAAACUUCGUGAUCACAUUUCCAAAAUCCUUUCAUGCUGGAUUCAAUUUUGGUUUAAAUUGUGCAGAAGCUGUCAACUUUGCCACUGCUGAUUGGCUACCUCAUGGUGGUUCUGGGGCGGAGCUGUAUCGGCUAUACCGGAAACCUUCAGUCAUAUCUCAUGAGGAGCUUCUCUGUGUGGUAGCUAAGGGAAACUGCUGCAAUAGAGAAGGAUCAAUACAUUUGAAGAAAGAAUUGCUCAGAAUAUACAGCAAGGAAAAAAACUGGAGAGAGCAGCUCUGGAAAAGUGGUAUUUUGAGAUCUUCUCCUAUGUUUGUACCUGAAUGUCCUGAUUCUGUGGACAUCGAAGAGGAUCCAACAUGUAUCAUCUGCCAGCAGUUUCUUCAUCUUUCUGCUAUUGUCUGCAAUUGCAGGCCAUCUGUUUUUGCAUGCUUGGAGCACUGGAAGCACCUUUGUGAAUGUGAACCUACGAAGUUGCGUCUUGUAUAUCGUUAUACCCUUGCCGAGCUGGAUAGGAUGGUACAAGAAGCUGAAAAUUUUGGUGGCUGCAAAACACAAGAAACCAAAAACUCACAACGGCCUAGUUCAGGCACCAAACGAUCUAAUGCUUUCAACAAAAAGGAGGGAAUGCAAGUGAGUCAGGCACGACCAGCUGACAAUUGGCUUCUUCGAGCAUCAAAGGUUCUUGACAGUUCCUUUUCUAGUGUUGAAUAUGCCACUCUUUUGAAGGAAGCAGAACAGUUUCUUUGGGCUGGAUCAGAAAUGGACCGUGUACGAGAUGUUACAAAAAGUUUGAUCAAAGCAAAGAUAUGGGCUGAAGCUGUUAGCGAUUGUCUUUCAAAAGUCGAAGGUGAAGCCAACAAUGAUUCAAUGAAAGUUCACUUGGAAUUUAUUGAUGAGUUGGUGAGAGUUAACCCCGUUCCUUGCUUUCAGUCUGGUUAUCGGAAAUUAAAGAACUAUGCUGAAGAGGCUACAAAAUUAUCUGAGAAAAUCGAUUCAGCUCUGUCAAGUAGCUUAACUAUCACCCAGCUGGAGCUAUUGCAUUCUGAAGUCUCUAGUUCACCGAUCUCCUUUAGAAAACAUGAGAUCUUGUCAAAGAAGAUCUCUUCUGCCAAGAUGAUAGCUGAAAGGGCGAGACUCUGUUUCGUGGACACUAAAGCUCCAGGCGUUGAAAUGGAUGCACUUUUCAAGCUUAAGUCUGAGAUGUUAGAGCUUCAGGUGCAACUUCCAGAAACAGAAGGGAUUCUGGAUUUGCUAAAGAAAUCAGAAUUAGCCCGUGAUAAAUGUAAUAAAGUUUUGAGUGGUUCUUUAUCUCUCAAGAAUGCGGAAGAGUUGCUUCAUGAAUUUGAUAAUUUCAGCAUCAACGUUCCUGAGUUGACUAUCCUAAGGCAGUACUAUGUUGAAAAUUUGUCUUGGAUUUCAUGCUAUAAUGAUAUAAUGGUUGAUGUUCGUGACGGCAAGGACCAACAAAAGCUAAUUAGUGACCUGAGUUCCCUUCUACAGGAUGGAGCAUCCUUAGAUAUUCAAGUAUCUGAAAUAGUUGAAGCACUGCCUCUUGUUGAGGUUGAAUUGAAGAAGGCAUCUUGUCGGGAAAAGGCUCGAAUGGUUUAUACUGCAAGAAGGUCUCUGGAUUUCAUUGAGCAGCUGCUCUCGGAAGCUGUUGUGCUACACAUCGAUGAGGAAAAGUUAUUUGUUGAGAUCUCGGGAAUUUUGUCAACAGCAAGGUGUUGGGAGGAAAGAGCAAGCUGUAUCCUUGCCAGUGAAACUCAGAUGUUUGACCUUAAAGAGCUCGUAAGGAUGUCAGUCAACAUUGAUGCGGUUUUGCCUUCUCUGAAAGGCAUAGAGAACACAAUCUCGUUGGCCGAAACUUGGCUUCAGAAAUCUGAGCCUUUUUUAUCAGCCACUUCCUCUAUGGCAUCAUCUCCAUGUUCUCUGCUUGAACUUCCUGUGUUAAAAGACCUAGUUUUUCAGUCUAAAUCGCUCAACGUUCAGCUUCAAGAGCCGGAUGUUCUUGAAACAUUGUUGCGUAACUGCGAGAGAUGGCAGUGUGAUAAUAAUCAGCUCUUGCAAGAAACGGAAGAUUUAUUGGACAAUUUGAAGGUAGAUGAUGGCAUGCAUAGCUGUAUCCUUCCGAAGAUUAUGGAUUUGAUAACCAGAGUGGACUCUGCUAGAGAAUCUGGUCUGGCCCUUGGUCUCAGUUUCGAUGAACUUCCCAAACUUCGGGCUGCAAGUCUAAAACUAGGAUGGUGUAGUAAGACCAUCACGUUAACCUCUAGCUCACCUUCCUCUGAGUUGCUAAAAGAUGUAGGAAAGCCCUCGUUACAGCAAAUUCAGCAGCAUGUAGAAGAGGGACAAACACUGGAAAUAUUACCUGAAGAGUAUCACUUAGGCAAGAGACUCGUGGAGUUAAAAGACAUUGGACUGGAGUGGGCAAAACGAGCUAGAAAAGUGGUGACAGACUCGGGCGCUCUUGCGUUAGAAGAUGUUUUCGAGCUUAUCUCUGAGGGUGAAAAUUUACCUGUCCAUCCAGAGCAGGAACUUCAGUCUUUACGAGCUCGGAGUAUGUUACACUGCAUUUGUCUAAAGCCAUACAACUCAAGAUCCAUGGUAUCUUGUAAUCAGUGUGGCGAAUGGUAUCACACCUACUGUUUAAAACUUCAUUGGCGGCCUAAGGUUUAUGUCUGCUCCGCUUGCUGUCCACUGGCAGAAUCUACGCCACAGAUUGAUCCCGCUAGAUCAACGGAGCCAGAGACACAGUCGCAGAACCAAAGACGGAAAAAAAUGGUAGCAACAGAUGCAGCAGUUGGAAAAUUACGGUGGCUAAACAAAAAACGCAUCAAACGGACAGCUAAAGGGAACCCUCAGGUUCAUAUUCUUCCCUGGUUUUUCGCUUAAGAACCAACCUAAUAAGAAUAUGAAAUAUAGAGCAAUUUCAUUUAUUCAAUUCUCAAAUCUUUUUGUAAUGUUUCCAUCGGAAAAAUGGAGAAGUUAACAUAAAAAGGUUUUUGGACUUAGAUUAUUGGAUCUUUAAUUUCUUUUUUGAACUGGAUCAUUUGGAUCUGUAACUUGAAUUUGUACUAUGUAAUACAUAAAUUCUAGUCACAACUAUGUAUAGAGGAAUAAUAUUGUAGCUUAGAUCUUAAAGCUAAGGCUUCCUUAUUGUAUCGGUCUACCAUUGUUUAUGUAAUGUAAACUUUUUAUUCAA